AUGUUGCUGGAGAGAGAUUCCAAUGAUGGGUCCGAAGAGGGGCUGGAGGACGGUGGGCAGGCCACAGAUGAGGCCUCCGUUGGCGAGCAGACCGUCGUUGAUAUCUAUGAAGCGGCUGUUGGCUUGUGCGAUGGCCCUGCUGAUAGUCUCUCUCAAUUUGAACUCAACCCAGUUCUCCUCGUCAUCGCCAAAGUGCUUGUCAAAGGCACGGCCGAGCUCGUCAUUGAGCGAAGCGCAAAUGGCCUCGAGCACACGGUUAAGCUCCGUCUUGACAAGCAAUCCCUGCCAACUGUCGAGAAUAGGGCCGUCGUGUCCAAGGGUGAAUUUGGCCUGGUCCAUCUCCGCCAUCGCGUGGGGGACGUUGAGGCGACUUGCCGGUUGCACCAGCACCCAUCGGAUCAUGCUGGGCGGCAGCAGAACCUCCUUGCGAAAACCCAUGCCAGGGAUAACGACUGGCUUCCCAUGUUUGAGAUACUAGAUUUCAGGUUAGCAAGUCUGGGUGAGAGCGCCAAAGUGCGCUGGGCGCCAAUGGGUUGGAGGAAGUGCGAGCUUUUGUGGAGCCUUGCAGUCUGUGUAGUAAGCCCAUCUCGUGCGCAAACUGAAUCGCCGUGCGCCAGGGGUCUCGCGGAUCAGAGGGAUGUUAUCGGGAUAGGGGACGCUGACGAUGAAGCGCUCGACGAUAUAGACGACAGCGCAGAAGGCGACGCCACAGGCGAUCAACGCGUAUAA